AUGUCAUUUAAUUGGUAUAUUUUUAUACCAUUAAUUAUUUUUAUCUCAUCAAUUUAUGGUAUAAAUGAAAAUGGUUUACCAAUUCAUUCAGAAGAAUGUAUCACAGCUAAUAAUAAUUGUGAAAAUAAUACUGAAUGUAUUCAUAGAUUAGCAGUCCUUCAAUCAGCAUGUACAACAAAUACCUGUCAACCACAAUGCCGUUUAGCAGCUUUAAAUCUUUAUCAAAAUAAUUUAGGUAGAUUACUUCUUCGUACUGAUGCAUCAUGUCUUCCCGGUAAAGAUGAAUUAGAAAAAUGUGGUUUCUUACCAAAUUUAGAAGAAAAACAUUGUUCAUUACAAAAAUUAGUUUGUGAAACAGAUAUGAGAUGUAAUGCUAAAUGGGAAUUAUUUGUUUCUGAGUGUGAAUCAGAAUCAACGACAGGAAAUUGUUCACCUAAAUGUCAACAACUUCUUAAUGGAACAUUAACUACAAAAACUGGUAGUGGUUUUUCUUUAUGUACCUGUACAGAUAAAGAAGAUCAACUUUGUGAACACCUUCGUGAUAAUGUUAUAGGUAAAUGUAUAUCAAUGUCUGCUGGAAGCAUACAUCAUUACAAACCAGAUAUAACAAUUCCUUCAACAAAUCUUCCUACAUCAACAAUAUUAACUACAAUGAAAGUUAAUAGUGAUAUUAAAUUACAAAAAACAACACCAAAAUUUAAAAUUUAUAAUAGACCUGCAAGUAGUAAUGUUGUUUGUACCUCUAUUAUAACUUUUUUCCUUAUUAUGAUAGCUAAUUUAUUUAUUUAA